AUGAGUGCUCUCAUCCAGAUGCGUGAUUCAGCAGGUAAAUUCAUACAAGCUCGCGCUUUACUUGAUACCUGUGCAACAGCUAAUUUUAUUACUGAAAAUUUGACUAAUAAAUUAAAACUUCCUAUGCAAAAUUGUUCUAUUCCAAUCGGGGCUGUUAAUGGAAUGCAAACCCUUUCAAAACAUGUCGUACAAAUAAAUUGUAAAUCUUUAAACGAUAAAUUUCAAAGAACAUUGUCAUUUUUAACCGUUGAUGAAAUUGCAGAAUUAAGUCCGAAUGAAAUGUUUCCACGUAAUAAAAUAUGCAUACCUAAAAGCAUAAUACUCGCUGAUCCACAAUUUCACAUACCAAGACCUGUAGAUGUCCUUAUCGGUUCAGGUACCACACUUUCUCUUCUAUCUGUCGGACAGAUUAAUCGCUCACAAAAUGAUUGUGAUUUAAUACUACAAAAAACACAACUGGGCUGGGUCGUAGCGGGGGGAGUCAAUAAUGAUAAAGAUGUAUUUCCUGUAACUUGUCAAUUAACUGAUCUAUCGAGUCAAUUAACCAAAUUUUGGAAUAUUGAAGACCUAGGUUCUAAUGAUUCUCGAUCCUUUGAUGAUUCUACGUGUGAGACCUAUUAUCAAAAUAACACUACUCGCGAUACUGACGGUAGAUAUGUAGUAAAAUUACCCUUUCGCGUAGACGAUGUCGAUUUCGGAAAUUCUAAACAACUAGCUUAUAAAAGAUUUCUAUCCUUACAGAGGAGACUAAAUUCAGAUUCCUCAUUAAAGGCUGAAUACAUUAAAGUCAUGAACGAAUAUAUCGAUCUUGGCCACAUGGUACACGUACCGGAUGAUAGUGGACCUGGGUAUUAUAUGCCCCAUCAUCCGAUAAUUAAAACAUCUAGUACUACCACCAAGGUACGCGUUGUAUUUGAUGCUUCAGCUAAAACCGAUAAAGGUAUCUCAUUGAAUGAAGUUCUACUAACUGGACCUACUAUACAAGACAAUCUCUUCACUAUUAUUUUGCGUUUCCGCACCUUUGUUUAUGCUAUGACUUCUGACAUCGCUCAAAUGUAUCGGCAAAUCUGUAUUCAUCCGGAUCAUCACAAAUUUCAACGAAUUCUUUACUAUCAUAAUAACAAUAUUAGCACUUUUGAACUUAAACGAGUUACGUUCGGGGUUUCUGCAGCCCCAUUUUUAGCUAUACGCACCGUAAACCAACUUGCUGAUGACGAAUCUCAUAAUUUUCCUGUAGCUUCAAAAAUAUUAAAACGAGAUCUUUAUGUCGAUAAUCUAUUAACUGGAUCUAAUUCUUUGACCGAAAUUUUAAAAUUGCGUGAUGAAAUCAUUCAACUGGUGCGAAAAGGUGGAUUUGAACUCAGACAAUGGGCUUCAAAUCAUCGACAUGCACUGGAUAAUUUCGAUCAAAGAACUUUAGAUUUAGAUUGUGCUAUCAAUGAUGAUCCAAUUUCUAAAACUUUAGGCAUUGCAUGGAAUUCUCUAACGGACGAAUUUAUUUACACAGUCAAACCAAUUGACUCGUCGCGAAAAAUAACUAAGCGAACCAUCUUAUCUGAUAUUGCAAAAAUUUUCGACCCUAUCGGAAUUCUGGGUCCUAUAGUAUUAGCGGCAAAAACUAUCAUUCAAGAAUGUUGGAAAUUAAAGGUCCACUGGGACGAAGCGGUCCCACAAGAGCUACAUUUACACUGGUGUAAAUUUGCUGAACAAUUACCUCUGAUUAAAGAUUUUUCUAUUGAGCGCAAUAUUUUACUUCCCAAUCCGACUGACAUACAAUUGCACGGAUUUUGUGACGCUAGUAAAGUGGGCUAUGGUGCUUGUAUUUAUAUAAGAUCAGUAAAUGAACGCGGAAACAUACUCACAAAAUUAGUUUGUUCUAAAUCUCGAGUUGCUCCCAUCAAAGAUGUUACAAUUCCAAAAUUAGAAUUAUGCGGAGCAUUAUUACUUGCUAAAUUAUAUAAAGACACAAUUCCCUCCUUUGACUUUGAUAUUUCUAAAGUUACGUUUUGGUCUGAUUCAACUAUUGUACUUCAAUGGCUCAAACGGUCUCCUAACUCUCUGAAGGUCUUUGAAGCAAAUCGCGUAACAAAAAUUCAAACUCUUUGCAGUAAAGUCGAAUGGCGACAUGUUAGAACCAAAGACAAUCCGGCAGAUUGUUUAUCUAGAGGUCAACUUCCUUCUGAAUUCUUAAAUAACAAAAUGUGGUUAGAAGGUCCCACGUGGCUCUCACAGGACUCUCUUAAUUGGCCUAACUUAAAGCCUGCUGUUCCUUCCGAACUUCCAGGUAUACAGAGUACGCUUUCAAAUCUUAGACACAAAUUUUGGCUACUAGACGGUACAAACCAGAUCCGUAAAAUUGUAAAAAAUUGUGUCACAUGCAUUCGACAUCAGCCUGUAAUACUGCAAGGUAAAAUGGCUAAUUUACCUAGAUCUCGAGUCACCGAAUCAGCGGCAUUUUCCCACGUGGGUGUAGACUACUUUGGACCGCUCUUUAUUAAAGAACGUAAAUUCAGAAACAGAACAAAAAUUAAAGUCUAUGGAUGCGUCUUUGUUUGCAUGGCUACUAAAGCUAUACAUUUAGAAAUUGCUAGCGAUUUAACAACAGAAGGUUUUCUCGGGGCAUUUGGUCGUUUCAUUGGUCGACGAGGAGUUCCAACUCACGUCUAUUCGGACAAUGGUACUAAUUUUGUAGGCGCAAAUAAUCAAUUGAGAGAAUUUGAUCCUAAUGAUCCUAUUGCCUUGACGCCUGCUCAUAUUUUAAUAGGACGUCCUCUCACAAUGCUGCCUGAAAAUGAUUUUUCUGAUGUUCCAGAUAACAGACUCAAUGUUUGGCAAUUCAUUAUCAAGGCUAGACAAGACUUUUGGAGACGUUGGUAUUUGGAAUACCUCCAUGAACUUCAAAUUCGGCAAAAAUGGCAUUCCUCUCAAGGAGAAAUUUCAAUCAAUCAAGUCGUCUUAUUGAUGGAUAAAAACCAACCAUGUAUGCGGUGGCAGCUGGGAGUGGUGGUCGACAUUCAUCCAGGAGAUGAUGAUGUGACAAGAGUAGCUUCAAUCCGAACGGCUCAAGGGAUAUACAAACGAAAUAUCACUCUACUAUGUCCUUUACCAAUCAAUUCUUGA